GGGGACACACUAUUUCCUUUCAGCACGUAGGGACCAGGGCAAACAAAGGCAAGAGAGCUCUAAUCAUUGGCCAGAGUCGGGCUGGGAAAGAGCCGGGAGCCAGAGAGCAUUCUGCGUCUCAGCCAUAAGAAACCUUCUGAAUGGUUUCCAGACACCCAUUGCCAUGGAAGAAACCGAAUCUAGUACGCAAACACCUGUGCCCCAACAUGGGAUUUCCUUGGCAUCCUACCCUGUGCGGGCAGUCAUCCGAAUGCGCAGGAAGAUCCGGACGCUGAAAAAGAGCAGGCUUCAGCUGGACCUGACUGGGGGGCGCUCUUUGGACAGCGCCAAGGCGUCUUUACGUCGGCAGAUUUCCAUGGACAGGGCCACCUUAUUUAAGUCGUCCACCUAUGAAAAACAGCAGUAUUUUAAUUUUGACACACCCACUUUGGAGAAACUGGCUUUAAAUAGCCAAAUCCGCAAAAGGAAUCGCAAGAAGUCGAGGCACGUGCUGUACCCCGGCAACGUCAGGAAGUGUCUCCCCGUUGAGCAUAAGAGCAAGGCCAAGCGUUGCCUCCUACUCUUCAUAGGGAUUGUUUGCUUUCAGAUUCUCAACGCCAUCGAGAAUUUGGAUGAUAACCUUCAGAAAUAUGAUUUAGAUGGACUGGAAAAGACUUUGCAGAGGGAAGUGUUUGGGCAAAAAAGAGCCAUUGAGAAAUUAAUGGACCACCUGCAGGAUUAUCUAGCCACACAUUAUCAUAACAAGCCUUUAGUUCUUUCAUUUAAUGGGCCCAGUGGGGUCGGCAAGAGCCACACAGGCCGAUUGUUGGCCAAACAUUUCCGUUCCAUUAUGGAUAACGAUUUUGUUCUUCAAUAUUAUACUAUGCACAACUGCCCCAAUGAGAAUGAUGUCACCCAGUGCCAAUCAGAGAUGUCUGGUUUGAUAUCGGAGAUGAUCUCUAGGGCUGAGAUUGAGGAGAAGAUCCCUGUGUUUAUAUUUGAUGAGGUAGAGGUCAUGCCCGUGGCACUAUUGGAUGUGCUGCACAGGUACUUCCAGCUCAAUCAAAGCAACGAGUAUCUGAACGCCGUGUAUAUCCUCAUCAGCAAUAUCGGGGGCAACGAGAUCACCAAGUUUGUUCUGCAGAAUGCUUCCAACGACUUCCUCAACCUUCCCCAGGAACUCCACCAGAUUGUAAUCAGCUCCCUACAGAAACAUCACUCGCUCUGGGAUGUUGCAGAGAUUGUUCCUUUUACCCUCUUGGAGAAAAAACACAUUUUAGAUUGUUUCUUAGAUGAACUGCUACGGGAAGGCUUUUAUCCAGACCAUAGUAACAUCGAGAGCCUAGCGGGCCAGCUCCGGUACUACACUAAGGAAAACAAGGAGUACUCCAUCUCGGGAUGCAAACAGGUUGUAGCCAAGGUCAAUCUCCUACAGCCAUAUACAUGAAUGGGGUUUUGCCAAGGUGAAAUACAGGCAAUAACAUCUAUGUUUGUUUAUAUGUUCUGCCAAGGUAAUGAAUGAAAACAAUAAAAUAAUAUUCCACUGAUUAGACACAGUGUAAUAAAGAGAGUUGGAAGAGAA